UAGUCCCAGUAAGAGAAUAAACCUCGGAAAUUGCCCCCACUACCAAACAUUUAUGAACUGCGCAUGCGCACAGAAAAGUAGGAGAACAUUUAGCAUAUAAAACAUCUAGGGUGGGAGUAAAAACCGACGACACCCGAGGUGCAUUCUCUCGAUUAAAAAUCUCGGAUUGGAAAACUGACCUUAAAAUAUUGGCUUCAACCUUAGUAAAAAAGUACAAGGGCCGCCUUCGUUUCAAACUAAGUGCUACUACCGAAAAGUCAGGGAGGUGUUGAAAAUUUUCGAAAAAUCUACCCUUCAUUUUGGCUGCCAGAUGGCUUUUUUUUUUUUUAAUGAAAUCGAUUUUUUUUCGAUUAAUCGAAUCCUUUACAAUUGAUCAAAAAAUAACGACAAUCGAAAGAGAAACAUCAAUUAUUCGAUUGAUCGAAUUCAAUGUUACAACACACUAUACUGUGCAAGUAGAGUAGAUCAUCAGCUGCUUUCGUAUCGCCGCUCGCCAGUUUUCUAUCUUCAAUAUAUAUACGUGUGUAUGUGUGAUUGUUUAUCUUUCAACUAAAAAAAAAUUUCAAAUUGGAGCAGGUUUUUACAUCAACCUCUUGGCAAGAUGUCAUCUCAUGAAUGCUCAUACCAAGAAAUUUAUGGCAAUGAUGAAAAAACAAAACGUUUUAUCAAAUUAGAUCAUCACCAAGCACUGAAACGAAGUAAUUCGAUUAUAAAAUAUGGGACCAAUCUGUUUAAUUUCAAGUCAUUUUUGAAAGAAAUUUUUUUACCGCAGGGAUUUCCUCACAGUGUUCAUCCUGAUUACAUAUCUUAUCAAAUAUCGGAUACCAUACAAGCAUUCGCUAGUACUAUUCUGGGUACUUUAACUACUCAUUCGAUUCUUCAAAGCGUAGGAGUGGGAGAAUCAACAGCUACUUCUUCUGCCGCUGCAAUUUCUUGGAUUCUAAAAGAUGGAACCGGAAUGAUUGGUCGAAUUUUAUUUACUUGGUGGAAAAGUACAGAAUUGGACGCUCAAUGUAAAAAAUGGAGACUUACAGCUGAUAUUUUGAAUGAUUUAGCGAUGGGAAUCGAACUUACUUUGCCUUACACGCCUUCAUCUGUAGUGACGAUAUUACUUUGUCUCUCUACUGCAAUGAAGUCAAUCGUUGGAGUUGCUGGUGGAGCAACAAGAGCUGCUUUAACGCAACAUCAAGCAUUAGUGGGUAAUUUAGCUGAUGUAUCAGCCAAAGAUGCCAGUCAAGAAACUUUCAUUAAUCUUAUUGGAUCUUUUGUUGGUAUUUUUAUUCUUACAUAUUUUCCAAACACAUUUUUAAUUGAAAUGUAUAUAUUUCUGGUAACUGUUCAUAUUUAUGCCAAUUAUUUUGCUGUUAAAGCAUUGACGUUUAAUACGUUAAAUGAAAAUAGAUUGAUUUUGCUGCUUAAUAAUUACAUUGUUGACGGUACUAUUCAUAAUACAAAAACAAUCAAUCAUCAAGAACCGAUAUUAUUCUUCAACAAUAGAAGUAAAAAAUAUUGUGGUUUCAACAUUAAGUUAGGAGUUUCACUUUCUACAAUUGUACAAAGUAAUUCGAUGAAUUCUGUUGAAUAUUUAACACAAUUAUUGAAUCACUUUUACAAAAAGACAUUUUUAAUCAUACCGGAUGCAAAAAAAAAAGUUAUUUAUGUUGUUUUAAAGAAAAAUGUUCAUUCAGUUGAUAUUUUUCAAGCGUACUUUAAUGCAUAUAUUUAUGGAAAAUUAAUGAGUUUGAAGUUAGAGAGACAGAAAGGUAAAAUUGAUAUGAUGAAAUCGCCCAACACAGGUUUUUUGAAUAAACUGUAUACUCUUCCCGAAAAUGAUGUAUUUAAUGAUGAUAAAAGUAAAUUAGCUUGGAAAACAAUACUUUCAAUAGAUACUUUAAUCAAUAAGGAAUUUGAACACUGGUAUGGAUCACUCAAAAAAAGUGAAUGGAAAAAUGAUACAAAUCUUUUGCCCAUAAACAAUUGGCGAGGAAAAUGGGAUCUUUAAGUAAUUACAUGAAAUGUUUUUAAUAAAGCUGAAAUACAAAUAAAAUAAAAAAAUUUCUAUAUAGGGUAGAAGUACCAUUUGUGGCCACUGCUCCAUUUUUGAACAUUUAAUAAUUAAUUUUAAUUAAGAAAAAAGUAAAAAAAAUUUUCAUUGCAAUACAGUAAUUAAAAUGUCUUUGAACGAAUUAAAAAAAUUAAUUAUGUCAUUGCGUACAUUGAAAUUAUUUUAUUAACCUUCAAAAUUUUUUUAGUGGCCAAAACUGGCCCUAAAGUGGCCAAAAACGUUACCUCUAUCCUAUCCCAAUUUUUCAAGAUGGUAAUAUUAGUGGCAAGUAUCCCUUUCGAUUCAAAUGUCUACCCUGCUCAAAAAAUCUGAUAGAUUCUUGUAAGGUAAAAGCCCCCAUUAUCGACACUAUAAGAAUGUCUGUGAUUGUUUGAAUUUUUUUAUCGUAUUUAAAAUCAAUAUAAUCAACUUUUUUUGCAUUAGACGUUUUAAUUGAUAUCUCUACUUGUAUAUUUAAGUUUAUUUACUUAAAUAGCAUUAAAUAAAAAAAAAAUAUAUUAAUUUAAAACCAACAAGUCGAGUGUAGGUAUUAUUGACAGGGUAAAAUAGUCUCAGAGUCAACUAUUGACAUAUCAUGGACCCCAUUAUUGACAGGUCUAAUGCGCAUGCGCAGCAUUUUAUAAAAAAUUAUUAAAGACCACCGUCAAUUAAGUUCAAAUUAAUUAUAAAUAUUUUAAUUAAAAACGGCAAAAUACGAUAAUUACAAUUAAAAAUUCAUCUAGGACACAGUUUUAUUUUUUUUAUAAAUUUGACGACACUAUUCUUGCUUCGACAAUUUUUUAUUCAAUGUUUUAUUUAUUUUGAAAUUACUAGACAGCGUGUUAACAUAAAUAUAUCGAUAUGAGUGUUAAGGUGACUAAGUUACUUUAGUUUGUAGCAUUUGUGGCCUCCCUGCUUAAAAAAUCCGAUAGAUUCUUAUAGCCAAGGUAUAAGGCCCUAUACUUAACUAUAGCACUUCUCAUAGAACUUAUUCAUUCUUAUAAAAUGUCUAUGGGAAUUUAUAAGAAACUAUUGGAUUCUAUAAGAUUUUCUAAACAGGGCUGUCACACACGUGAAUUAUUAUGUAUAGUCGUCCCGACGAAAGUUUGGGAUUUCACCCUACCACAAUAAUUUCACCUCUACCAUAAUAUUUCGACUUACGCGUGCGCAAAUACAAAUUUUGUGGUAGAGGUGGAAUAAUUGUGGUAGGACAAAAUCCCAAACUUUCGUUGGGAUGACUUUACCGACUAUUGACACCAGCUAUUUUUAAAUGAUAAUUAAGAUUUAUCAGUCUCAAUCAAUGAUUCUGGGGUUAUUUAAACUAUAAAUAACCUGAAACAAUUUUUCAUGAUACACUUACCUUAGAACUGUAUAGGGAAAUCCGUUUCUAAAAAUACAAUCUCUCUAAACCAAAUUGUGAAGAAAUUUCAAACAUUCUAUCGAUGGUGUUCUACUCGGGAAAAUAAAUUUUUUUUACAGCGAAUAGUGUAUACCCAGAAAUAAAAUUGAACUAUUUUUCCAUUUAAAAAUAUCAAAAAAUUCUUAAGAAGAAUUGUGCAAUGUGAUUAUUCAUACAGUUAAUUAAAAAAUUAAUAAAUGAAAACAAUAUGUCAAUAGUAGGGGCCUUGUCAAUAAUGGGGGCUUUUACCUUAUGGGAAUUUAUGAGUAUCUAUUGGAUUCUAUGAGAUUUUUUAAACAGGGUAUUUCUAUUAUUUCUAUACCAACAAUGAUUCGACUUUUAAUUUUGCAAAUUUUAUAAAUAAGGUAAAUGUCGCAAUACCGGAAUAAGACCCAAUACGGGAACAAUUUGAUAAUCAUUAUAUUAUAUUUUAACUCGUACACAAUGAAAUUAAAUAAAACUUUCUUUAUUUAAAACCUUAAUCUUUUAGUUACAAGAUAGGAUAUAAAAUAGAUUUUAGAAUAUAUCCGAAAUAUGAAAAAAAAAUGUUAAUUAUAGCAAUAAUCUCGGAUUCAUGACUUUUUCAUUUCUCUUAAUGGUUUUGCUAAGAAAUCAGUCAAUGGUCUUAAGCUUAUAGAAAAUGUAUAAAAGUACUUUUCAAUAAUUUUUUUUCUGCAUAUAUAUUUGAAUGACAUAAAAAUCAAGAAAUUAACAAUAUGAAAAAAAUAGUGUUAUUAUAUUAAUUUUACUGUUCGUCUAUUGGUACAAAGAAUGAACUCGUGUCCAGUACCGGAAUUGUCAGUCAUACUAAUGUUAUUAAUGAUAUCGAUAGAUAUCAACGGUGAGUUGUAAUUACUCUUCAAUGAUUUUUUUUUUGUAUAUGCAUCUUGGAUGACGUAAAAUUCAAGAAAACAUAUUAACAAUAUGAAAAAAUAGUAUUAUUAUAUUAAUUUUACUGUUCGUUUAUUGGUGCACAAAAAUGAACCCCUGCCUAGUACCGGAACAGUCAGUCACAUUAAUGUUAUCGAUGGACAUUAACGGUGAGUUUUAUUGACUGGCUAAAUCAAGUGCAAUAUUAAUUAUUACUGGAGACCUAAUAUUUAAUGCAGUAAGUAUGAUUAUUAUAAAAAAUGCAUUAAAUAUAGGUAAACUCUAAUUUAAAUCAUAAAAAAUAAAUUUUUGUGUUCAAGCGGCUGAGGCAGCCAUUCGGCACGCA